AUGGUAUUACGACAGGAUCCUUAUUUAAGGGAAUUUUUGCAAUUAGAGCCUGAAACAGAAAAGCGUAAAAAAGCCGAAGUGUCUCAUUAUGAAACUAUUUUGUAUGCAACAACACAUAGCCUCACUAAAACGUGGGAUAAAUUCACCCACAACACUGUCAAGCACUGUUUGUUUGAACCCGCAACGGAAACACUCACAUUCGAGAAACCACUAACAAGUGAUGCUGAAAUAGACUAUCAAAAAUACUUUACAGAAGAAAUACUGACACAGCUAGAUGAUGGAUCUGUUAAAGCUGUGGACAGCCAUCAGUUAAUAUUCCUCAACGGAAAGGCCUCCAAUAUUGCCACUCACACUAAAGGUUAUUCUCUAAAUUCACAUACAGUAGAGGCUAUAGGCGAAAUAAAAUGUCAAGGAUCUUGCUUCACAAAAAACAAUCUAGGACGAGUCCGACCAUACACCAUAACCCUGUGGUUAUGGGAUUCUUGCCAAAUUGUUAUGACAUCAUAUUUAUUCAGGCAGGGGAAAUGGAUUACCGGUCUAAGAGUAGAUUUAGAUGACGUAAUUGCAUUCACACAAAUCUCUACAGUAUUUAGCAUCAUUGACAAUGAAAAUGUGCCUCCAAUUUUUAUUCAACCUCAAGAUGUUCUCUUUAUGCUUGUUCGAUCACUUUAUCUUCACUUGCACGAGAAAGAAGACUUGCGACUUAGUAAAACCUCAGAUGUCCUUGAGUUUUGUGAGAAAGUGUUUUCGGAUAAGCUUUGGGAAGGAUAUGUGUUUCCUGUGAAAACCUGGAAUAUGGUACCUUGA